AGAGUAAAGUUCCCAUGAAAACUUGAAUCGAAUAAGCAAUUCUACAACUGGCUGGGUCUAUCAGUUAUCCUGUAUUCAUAUCAAGUAAAAUAAAAACUAUUAAAACUCUGUCAACAGAUCAUUUAGUUAAAGAUAUGGUCUUAAAGGUGUCCUGGACAACUCGUAAUAUAAGAAAGUGCUGAUAAUGAAAAUAAAGAACAAUCGCUGUAACAAUUAGUAAAUUAGAAAAUAAUAUUUGUGUAGCAAUCGUUCACAAAUGAGAGAUAAAUAACAAGCGCAAAAUGUUGUUAAGGACAUUAUUGGAGGCUCAGAACGUAUUCAAAUAACCAAUAUGAAACAUAACGAUGCUAAACCAUUCGGAAACCGAUCGAAGUUGAGGAUUCGUCCGUAGACUGUGCAACUUGAAUUAUGUGGCAUCAACAGCACUAAACACUGCUGACUCUGAAACAGCAUAUAUGGCUGUCCAUUCACAGCUGGAUUUUCGAAUUGGCCUAUUCCCACCACUGAUGUAUGUGGCCAGCACUUUGCUAGCCAGCAGCGGCGUUCUUGGAUUGCAGCAGAACAUUUCGAUAGGCUACGAUAGCUUUUUAGAAGCAUGGAACACUGGCAAUCGCAGCUUGGCACCGACAUCAUCAGCGACCCCCACAGCCUCAGUGCAGGCGAAAUUGAAUGACUCCGCUGAUUUGACGCUGGAUACAGUGCCCACCUUAACUGUUUUCAAUUACUACAACGAAUCUGCCGCGGCUGCCGAAUGGGCCCACUUCUACGAUCUCAUUUUCUCAUGGCAGGGCAUUUGCUUGAUUGCAGUGUUCUGCACGUUUAUCGUUGUCACCGUCAUAGGAAAUACUCUUAUUAUUUUAGCUGUGUUAACCACACGGAGACUUCGCACGGUUACGAACUGUUUUGUCAUGAGCUUGGCAGUAGCUGAUUUGCUUGUUGGGAUUUUCGUUAUGCCACCGGCAGUGGCUGUCCACCUGAUUGGCUCGUGGCAACUCGGCUGGGUGCUCUGCGACAUCUGGAUAUCAUUCGAUGUCCUUCUGUGCACAGCAUCGAUUCUAAGUUUGUGUGCUAUCAGCGUUGAUAGAUACCUUGCUGUUACACAGCCAUUAACUUAUUCCCGGAAGCGACGCUCAAAACGCCUCGCCUUCUUAAUGAUUCUUAUCGUUUGGAUUCUGGCAUUAGCCAUAACAUGUCCGCCCAUGCUAGGAUGGUACGAGCCCGGCCGUCGAGACCUGCGAGAGUGUCGCUACAACCAAAACGAAGGCUAUGUCAUCUUUUCAGCAAUGGGUUCCUUUUUUAUACCAAUGGCAGUAAUGAUUUAUGUCUAUGCUAAGAUUUCUUGUGUAAUUGCAAAGAGGCACGACAACAUGACUGAUGUUCAUGUUCACAAUAAGAAAUUUAAACGAUACACAGCCGCCGAUGUGGAAAAUGAUUACUCCGAACAGGACCAUAGCAUGGGCUAUAAAAACAAACAGACUACCACGCAAACAUUCUCUAACCAAACAAUAUCCAAGGAAUUACACGAAAUUGUUCUAAGCGAAAGUGACAAUUUUGGAGGGCAAACAACUGGCGGGAAUUGCCAGUCUUUGCUGGCUCUGCCAUCAACUCAUUGCGCUAGUGGCAAAAGCAGUAGCUACGAGCUAACGCGACCGUCCUCACUGUCACUGAAGCGCACUUCCACCGCUUCUACUACUAUAACCACAAUGACAAGUGGUAUAGGUCCCAGCUGCAGUCUGUUAGAUGCGCAGUGGCAAACCCAAUCGCAAUCGCAAUCGCAAGCCCAAACACAAACACAAACACAAACACAAACGCAACAAGCGCGCACACACAGUUUUCGGCACUCUCAUCUCAGUGUGAGCGGCGGGGACAGGCUGCGUAGCCACCAUCAUCAUCAGCAUCAGACCGCAGGGUCGGGAACGACGGAUGUUGCAACUACUACAGCAACCACUAAUAUCAAAUCGCUAUCGAACCGCAUUACAUCACUCAAAAAGGAGAACAAAACAACACAGACAUUAAGCAUUGUCGUUGGGGGCUUUAUUGCCUGUUGGCUACCAUUUUUUGUCUACUAUCUUAUAACACCGUUCCUGGCCGAGCACCAAGUCAGCGGCACAUUGGCCAAAGCCCUUACCUGGCUCGGGUGGUUCAACAGCGCUAUCAAUCCAUUUAUAUACGCAUUUUACAGUGUCGAUUUCCGUGCAGCCUUUUGGCGCUUGACCUGCAAACGAUUUUGGAGUGACGAGCAAAAACCGCAGUUUCCCACGAACACAAUGUCCAUUAGGCGAUAGUCGUGGCGUGUCGCCACCUCAAAUUCGCCCGCAAAACCGCAAAACCUGCGAAAUUAGGAAUUGCAAUUGGCGACCUCACGGCACUUCCAGCGCGAAUACCAAUAUUGCUUUUACAUUUUACAACUAGAAAUUGCAAAUGAAAAUUUAUGACUUGCUCCCGAUUUUCACCAAAUAAUCAAAAUUACAUUUACGCAGCUUACAUUAAUGGAUUUCUUUAAACAAAUACUUUCUUCAGCAUAUAGUAUCUAAUAACGUAUUACAAUUGCUAUAAGUAUUAGCCAGAUUAGCAGAUGAACACAACUAGAAGUCAAUACACGCAGCGUAGAAUAAUGCAACUGCUACAAUAAACGGAAUCAAUUAA